AUGGCUGUCAAAGGUGCUUAUAUUCUGGUGCUUCUCAUUGAAGCUAUGCUUGGAGCUGCACACAAUCAAGAGCUAAGGUAUGCUCUGUUCAGUUCUGGACCUACUGGAGGUUUUGACUCAUCAGGAGCUGUCCCAGCCAUUGAGUUAGCAGAGGAGCUGAUUAAUGCUGACAACUCUAUUCUACCCGGUUACAACCUCACUCACACACCUGUGGUUGAUACAAUGUGUGAUAGAACUGUUUCAUUGAAUAAGUACUUUGAUGCCAUUUCUCCACCCCACCCGACUGUGCUUGGUCUCCUGGGUUGUGGCUGCUCAAUGGCCUCUACUCCAGUGGCAGAGAUUAUUCAUCACAGCAGUAUCUCACAGAUUUCGUAUGCUUCAUCAUUGUCCGAGUUGAGUAACAGAGAAAGUUUCCUCAACUUCUUCCGUACCUACCCCUCUGAUACAAUCUUCACUCCAGCCAUAGUCAGCCUCAUUCAAGAGUAUGGCUGGAGGCGCAUUGCUUUCAUCACACAAGAUGAUAGUUUGUUUACCGAGACAUUGGCACAAGUGCAAGAUCCUUUAGAAAAAGCAGGAAUUGAGGUGGCCAACAGAAUGAUCUCAUCUCCACUCCCUAUGACUGGAGGACUGGGUGCAAAUUUUUUUUUUGAAGACGAGGAUUAUAGAGUGUUUUUCCUCAAUACCUACUCAGCUAUUGGCAGACAAAUCAUUUGUGAGGCCUACUUGAAGGGAUACACUUAUCCCAAAUAUGCGUGGUUGACUUACGGCUGGUACCAGAACAGGUGGUGGACAGAGGAGGUGAACCCAGAGCCAACAAACUGCACUGACAACCAACUAGCAGAGGCCCUACACAGAUCCAGUGCACUUCAGUUGCUGCCAAAUCUUAAUAAAUUAAAUUCUACAACUGAUACUAGAUUGACUCCGAGGGAAUUUGAUUCUUUAUACAAAGGAAGGAUUGCAGACUAUACUCAAGACAACAACUACACAUACACUUUAUUUGCCACCGUGGCUUACGAUGCCCUCUGGACACUUGCUCUCGCGCUGAACAGGACCAAUGAGAUGGUUGGCAGUCUGGAAAGAGAGGAGAUAUUGAACAUGACUCGGUGUGGAGGGACUGAUGAGGAGACUGGUGUAAAGUGGGAAGUGGUGUCACUGGAGAACUUCACCUACUCCAAUCAGCUCAUGGGCUGCAUCAUCAGGUGGAACCUGGAGAAAACAGACUUUGUGGGAGUGUCUGGGAAAGUAAAUUUUGAUAAUGAUGGAUCUCGAGUUGUUGGUGUUGUGGAUAUUUUCCAGUACCGUUUAAUAAAUAAUGAGUCAUCAGUAAUAUCUCGUGUAUAUUUCGGCUUCACCCAAAACAUCAAUGACUCUCAGGCGGAUUUUUUUUACAAGAGUGGGGAGAGUAACAUCACUGUGUUUCCAAGUUUUGAAGGAGGAGUCCCACCAGAUGGUAGACCAGUGCCUCAGUUUAUCACAUACAAUUUUGCUCUUGUGAUUCCCUGUUACAUCUUCGCAGCUGUUGGCCUCGUCCUCUGUACGGUCUGUCUACUCUUCAAUUUCACGCAAAGGAAAAAGAGAGUUGUGAAAUUGACCAGCCCCAACAUAAACUACUUCAUAAUUAUGGGAGCUUACUGUCAUUACAUAUCCAUCUAUCUGAGAGUGUUGCCAAGCACUGAUUACACCUUCACAUUUGUGAGAUGUUUCAUUGUCUCUACUAUAAAUACAAUUGGAUACAGCUUGGCUUUUUCUGCAAUUCUAGUCAAAAUGGGGAGAGUCUACUACAUUUUUCACAACCCGUCACUUGGAAAGAAGACACUGACAGACUGGAAGCUGGUGCUAAUAGUAAUGGGCAUAUCUGGAAUUGGUGUUGUGCUAGCAGUUCUGCAAGUUACAGUGCCACAGCUUCAACCAAUACCAUAUCCACUAAAUGUCACUACAGACACCUUUUCAAGAAAUGAAUUUGGUGAAAGGAUAAGCGAAGUGGUAUACCAAUGCUAUACAGAAACUAUUCAUACGAUCUAUCUAACAGUGACGUUUGUGUAUCUAGCAAUCCUUCAGAUUAUCGGAAUUGUCCUCGCUAUUCAAACACGCAAAAUCAAGAUUAAACUGCUGAACGACUCCAAGUACAUUGCUGCAGUGAUCUACAUCUCAAGCAUUGCUUUGUUCUUUAUUGGAAGUAACGUCAUAAUUCCAGAUCAGUUUAUCAACAUCGAGGAGGCCCUCUUCUCCGGAAGCAUACUUGUUGGAACAACGUUCUUCCUGGCCCUCGUCUUUAUUCCUAAGAUGAUCAGCUUGUAUCGAGAUCCAGAAGGAGACUUUGUGUUGAAUCAGACUAACAAUUCAGUACAAACUAACGAAACAAGCGUGAACCUUUUCAGUGGAGAUGCAACGACUCAAAUGAAGGAGAAAAUCGUUGAAUUAGAACACCUUCUGAAACAGUUUCAGAAUGGCCGUACAUUGAGCUGUCCAAGGUGUCAUUCAGAUUAUCAGCCAAAUGGCCACCAAAACUGACAAUGGAACUAUGACAGAUAUCGAAAAAGAUACUACUAAUUUCUUACUAGUUAACUCUUAGACUAAACAAUGUCGUUGUAUUUUAUCAUAGCUGAU